AUGAAGGAAGAAAUUGAUGACGGAGGCUCUGCUGUAAAGCGAUGGAAACAAGCACAAAAGGAGAAAGAGUCGCGGAGAAGACAAAGAGCGAAGAAUAGGGAGUCAGUUCGUAAAUGGUCAGACAAACCUAGUAGCAGUGCUGCCUUAGACAGUGAUGAUGAGAAAGAAUUGCAGCGAGUGAAACAGGAAGUGGCAGACUACUCCGACACUGACUCCGAUGAAGAUGGCGACAAAAAAGAGUAUGAGAAUGUUCUUGGUAAGGAAGCUGAUGUCUCGAAAGGUGUUGGUGCAAUGUUGAAGUUGGCCGCUCAGAAGGGACUUUGCUGCUAUUUUAUACAUUCGAGAGGAAAUAGUGUACAUCUUACUCGCCAACAAUUCGUUUACUUCAGUGAUAUCGAGGACAAGUACGCUAAGAAACUUGAUCGUCUCGGAACGACCGGACGAGGUCCGAUCAUGCCAUUUAUCGAAAAGAAAGACUAUCAUCCAGAGGUGAAUAUUCACUAUGUAGAUGAUAAAGGACGGGUAAUGGACCAAAAAGAUGCUUACCGAGAGCUUUCUUACAAAUUUCAUGGCCGUAAUCCUGGUAAGAAACAGACAGAGAAGAGAAUAUCAAGGAGAGAUAAGAAGGAGUUGCUGAAACAGAUGAACAGUUCGGACACACCUCUUGGUACCUUGUCUAAACAGCUGAAAAAGCAGGAGCUUUUACAAACACCCUAUCUUGUACUCAGCGGAUCCGGACGGAGUGACCAGUAAGU